AUGGAAGACUUUGAUGAAUUUCCUAAAGAAUUUUCAUGUUACGGGGCAAAUAUUCAAGCAUUAAGCAGCAUUCCUGAGCUAACUAGUGAUCUUUCUAUAAAGAAAUUAAGGGUUCUCCAUUGCCCAAAAUUGAUUUCAAUGCAGGGAAUCGAGCAGCUCACAAAUUUAAUAGAAAUAAAUUUAUCUUCAAACUCUAUACAACGAAUAGAAGGUCUUCACGAUAUGAAGCAAUUAAGAAUCCUUGAUUUAUCCUGUAAUGGGAUCAGAGUUAUUAAUGGACUCAGUGAACUAUUUUCUUUACUCCCCCCCCCCCUCCGUGAGCGAACAAAAAAAAUUUUGUUCGCUCACGGAGGGGGGUUAAUUUUUUUUUUUAAAAAAAAAUUUAUAUAUAAAUUUUAUAAAAAAUAUUUUUUUCGAAAUUUAAAAAAAUCCUAAUUUGCAAAAAUUGGGAAGCAAAUAUUAAUUUAAUUUGCAAAAUUUAUGUUUUUAAAACGCAAUUUGUUUAAAAUUAAACAGAAUUAGCUCUAGAUUUCAUUAUACUAAUUAUCACUUAUAUAUCAAAAAUUUUUUCCAUUAAAAUUUUUUCUAUUAAAAAAAUUUUUUGUUCACUCACGGAGGGUGGGUUUUUGGUCAAAAAAUGGCGAUUUUUCUAAUGGUUUUGUUCGCUCACGGAGGGGGGGGGGGGGGGAGUUAGAAAAAUUAAAUCUCAGCUUCAAUAAAAUCUCAUCACUUUAUAAUUUACGGCAGUUAUAUGGCCCACAAUAUCCAAAUUUUAAACAGCUUGAUAUAAGAGGAAACAAUAUUUCCCAAUUAUCUGAGCUACGAUAUUUAGCAGGCUGCCAAAGUUUAGAAGAUGUAGCUUUUCAAAGCCAAAAUGGAGCAAACCCAGUCUGCAAAAUGCCUGAAUACUCUUAUACAGUUUUACAGUGUGUCCCAAAAAUUAAAUAUUUAGACCAACAAAUGGUAAACCCACAAAGAGCCCAGCCAUCUCCUCCUAAAAUCCGUGAAGAAGAAAACAUCCCGCCACCACAAAAUAAGUCUCCUGAACCCAUAAAAAUCACUCAGCCUGAGCCUAUAAAAGAGUCUCCAAAAACUAAAGAAAAUAAAAUAGAGCUUAUAGAAACCCAGCCUAUUAAUAAUGACCAAAUUUAUAAACAAGAAGUCAUACGGCUCCAGCAAGCAAAUAAUGAUUUAUACGAAGAAUAUAUAUACAUAAAAUGGCGUAUGGCGACCGACCCACCCUCCCAGUGGUGGUUACCCAUGUAUAUCCGGGCAUGGUUUUUGGAGCCAGGAAUUCGCCCAACAACGUCCGGGACCUCGAAGCGAGAGGCCUAAGCGCGAGAACCGCUGUUUUUGCGACCAGAGACCCAUGGGCAGUUAUUCGUGACUUCUUUUUGCCAGCAGCGCUCAGCCCAGUGAGUGCCCGAAAUGAGGCAGGGUGAAUUACCUGCCUAAGCUGCUUUAGUGGCUCGCCCCGAAUGGCGAAAGCUGUUGAGUUCUUUCUCGGGAUGACCGGAAAAGAGGGGAGGCGAGUUAGACACCAAAACGGGGUCUCUCUCCAGUUGAAAAGGUGCCCUCAAUGGGCAGAUCUGGCGGACGACGAAGCGGAGUUGGCGUAAACUUAGGCGACGAUCCAAGUUGGAAAUGGAGGUGGUCAGCAAAGCCGGUAUAAGACGGCCCUUGACAAUGCCUCUACCGAGAAACCGGGGGUUUCGGCCCGGCUUGGUGAACGCUCUGCCACCACACGGGAAACCGUGGCAUGCGACCUCGGACGUAGUAGGGACCUUAAAUACCCAGCGUAAUCUUAAUCUUAAUCUUAAUUUAUACGAAGAAUAUAAAGAUAUUUGUUAUAAAUUCCAAGUAUCUGAAGAAUAUUGGAUACAAAGGACUAAAAGCUAUGAAACAGGCUUAGCUGAGGCGAAAUAUGAAAGGAUUGAGCUUGAAAAAGAAUGCAAAAAAUUAAGAAAAUCUUGUUUAGCAAAAGAAGCACAGGUAUCUGGGCUAGAAGAAGACUUAAAAAGAGCUCAUUUGGCAGCAAGCUCUAAAGAUAAAAUGCUUGAAGACCUUCAUAGCCAAGUAGCUUCUAUGAUGAAAGAUCUUGGAGAGUGCCAAAGAGUAGUACAACAGACUGUGGACGAUACUUAUAGAAAACAAGAAAAAUUAAAAAUUUUAGAAAAACAAAACAUGGAUCUUAAAAAUGAAUUAAAAUCAGCACAAACUGCUUUAACACAGAUACAUAGCCAAUCGUUAGAAAGUGCUUCACAAGCAUUAAAAAGAUAUGAAGAGCUGCAGAAUAAAUAUGAUGAUUUGUGCAAAAAUUUGGAAAAUAAAGAGGAAGAGCUUAUAGAAAUUAAGAGAAAAAAUUAUGAAAUUUUAGAAAUGAAUGCGAAAUUUGAUGAAAAUUGGAGCAUUAAAUUUAAAGAUGCUAUACAGAACAGAGAAAAUAUGAUAGCUAGUUUAAAGCAGGAAUUGCAAAAUAUUUCACAGCAAGAAAAAGAAAAAACUCAAAAUUUGAUAUAUGCAGAAAAAGAAGAGUUAAGGCAGAAAAUUUAUGAAUUGGAAAAAAAAUUGUCAAAUUGUGAAAUGCAGUUAAAAAAUAAAGAUAGAGAAAAAGAAAUAGAAAUUAAUGAGAUUGGAAAAGAUGUAUAGUAAUUAUAAUUAGGAAAGAUUAUAUUUUUUAUAGAUUUGAGCUUUUUUUUACCUGAGUUCGGAUAUAUAAGAAAUUAAAAAAAAUUAUUCAAUAUAAAUUGAUAUAGCAGAUUUAAGAGAAAUGCUUAAAAUGUCAGUAAAUAAAGAAGCAAGCUCAAGAGAGCUAAUCGGAGAAUUAACAGAACUAAUUAAAGAUUUACAGUUACAGCUUGACAAAGAAAUCACAGAAAAAAAUAAAUUCAAGCUAGAAGGCGAACAAAAGUCUGGAAAAUUAGAAGAAGAGCUUGCAGUCAUGAAAGGGAAAUUCCAAACCCUCACUCCCCCCUUUAAAUUGGAACAAAUAUCUGUAAAAAUUUACAAUUUUUGGUACUUUAACGCCAUUGAAAUUGAAACAAUUUUUUUUUCAAUAGGAAAUUUUAAUGAGAUCCCCCCCCUCAUUUGUCCAAUUUUCUAGUCUUUUAUCAUUUGUCCAUUUUUCUAGUUUUUUUUAUAUAUGAAAAAUAAAUUUUUUAAGGACCUCGUUUGUCCAAUUUUCUAGUCAAAAUUUUGAUAGAAAAAAAAAAAAUUUUCAGGGCCUCAAUUGUCUCAUUUUCUAGUUUUUUUACAGUAAAAAACUAAAAUUUAGGACAUUCGAAAAAAUCCAAAAAUGACUAGAAAAUGGGACAAAUCAUUUUUGACUAGAUUUUGGGACAAAUGAGGUCCUGAAAAAUUUUUUUUUCUUAGAAAAAAAAAACUAGAAAAUUGGACAAAUGAGGUGGGGAUCCUUACUAAUUUUGAUAAAAUUAGUUUUGAACUAAUUUAAUAGACAAAAAUGCAGGCAGAUGUAAUUUAAACAGUUUCCAAGCUGAAUCCAUUAAUGUUUUAUUUAAUUCUUCGCAAAAAUAAAUUAAAAUUCAAAGUUUUGUGUCAAUUUAUAUUUUUUAAGAUUUGAAAAAUUUUUUAUAGAAAAACAAUGCAAAUAUAAUCGCUUUUUUAAAAAAAAAUUUAACCACCCUUAAAUUGGAACAGGGUUUUUUUAAUCCAAUUUAAAGGCAGUGAGUCAAAGAAAAAUAUGACGCAGCCGACAAAACUUUAUCCCAAGAAGAAGACCAAUCCCACCUAAAAAAUCGCGAAAUCUCCAAACUAAAACGUGAGCUAACUGAAGCUAAAGAAUUCAUCAGCGAGCUUGAAGACGCUUCAAAAGCCAUUAAAAACAAAUGCGAAAGAACCGAAAAAAAUCUCCUCACAGAAAUCGCUGCUUUAGAAGCAAAAUCAAAGGAGCUUGACCUAACUUUAGGCACCAAAAACGCCAUUAUAGAAGACCAAAACGACGCAAUCCGAGAUCUUAAAGACAUUAACAAGCAGCUCGAAGAAGAGCUUCAGAAUUUCCAAAAUAAUAAAAACCAAUAUAAAGAAAAUUAUGAAAAUAAAUUACAAGACGCCUACGACGAAACAGAAAAAAUUAAAAAUAAAUUAUCCCUAUCAGAGGAAUACAUUUCAGAGCUGGAAAAUAAAAUUGAAGAACUAGAAGGAAAAAGAAACGAUUAUAUAGAAACUAUUGAAAAACUAGAAAAACAAUUAGAAGAAAAAUCAGAAAUGAUUGACGCUAUUGAAGAAGAGGUCAAAAAUCUGCAGGAGGAAAAAGAAACCCAGGCCCAAAAAAAAAUUGAAGAAAAAGAACUUGUCAUAAAAGACUUAAAACUGUUUAGAGACGAGCUAAAUGCGUCACUUGCCAUGAAGAAUAAAGAAUGCAUAGAAAAAACUAAAAUUAUUAAGGAGCUUGAAAUUGAAUUAGACAAAACUAGAUUUGAUCUGCAGGACACCAAGAAAAAUAAUAACGAAAUGCAAGAAGAAAUUAGAAUUUUGCUGACUGAGAUGGAUAACCAGAAAAAACAAGCCAGCGAAAAGCUUGCUCAGCUAACUAGGUUGUUUUCAUAA